AUGCUAAGAAGAAGUAAAACAGAAAAGUGCAAUCAAGAAUUUAUUAUUACCGAAGGAGGAUUGUCGCAUCCCGGCAUUAAUGAUUUCCCACCGUACGUAGAAGACAUGGAGAAGCCAGAGCCAUAUUACUUAUCACUGACAGUAUCUGUAUCAUCGAAAGGUCAACGUGAUGGUUACCCUCGGAUGCUGUUGAAUCAAAUGUGGGAACAGACUCCACCCUACGACUUACUGUCGACAGAUUUGAGCGAGUAUGGAGGUGCUGAGAGAAAUUCUGGCAGCAAUAGCAUGACGAAAGCAGAUAUUUUACGGGUCAUAGAUGGUAUUUUAUGGGAUGCCUUACAUAGCAAAAUGUUUAAGCAUCAAAUUGAAUUUUAUUCAAGAGAGGAAAUACCAACAUAUUCACAAGUGGUAAAAGUUCUUGAAACGGACACAUCAUCACGACUCAGUAGACGCGUAACAUCUGGGAUUUGUGAUGCGAUAGUGAACAAAGCAGUUUUCCACGUAUAUAACCUGAAUCCUAAACACGAAAUUUCGAUUAUGGAAGCCGAAUAA